ACCAGCAAACUCCGCAACCUUCAAUUCCCAUAGCCGCUGCCAUCCUCAGUGGCCCAACCACUUUCUAGUUUUUGUUGUGGUGCGGCUCAGACGUGCGUGAGCUGCCCCGUGUUAGAUCUUUGGCACGCAUAUGAGCUACAUUCGUAUUAGUGGUAAAAUUUGCAUUUUAAAGCAGUUUGUGCCACGUGAGAUGCUUGUGUGUGCCCCGUGUGCCCUGCGUCUCAAUUUUCACUUUGAUUUCACGCACUGACGCGCCAGCAACUAAUGAGACACAUAGACACAUAGAGAGAGAGAGAGAGAGACAGGGAGGGAGAAAGAAUUGUAAACAGAAAACAUUGCAGAAAAAUUGCAGCCGCAUUCAGUUAUGAGUUGCAAAGAUUCAUCUUCAUUCAUGCGGGCUGUCAAUCAAAUUUCAAUCAACUCUUUGGGUCUCAAGCUGCCCUCAAUCUUGAUUAUUAUGAGUGCCUGUCGAAGGGCGGACCAGCGGGCAGGGGCCACAUUUGACACAUUGCGCAUACGUCACAUGGGCGCAGGCUUCAAACUCACUCAAACAUGUUGCGUUGCCGUUGCCCCUACAACUCCAACAUCGAACUGCGAGCGGUGCUGGGUGGUGGGUAGGUGGUUUUGCAGUUGGAGUUUGCGUUGGCUGUCGCUCACUUCCGCUUGGAGCCGAGAGUUUUUCGUUGCCGUUCUCGGCUUUUGGUUUUGCUGUCGGCCUGACGUUUGCCGCCUGUUGGUUGGCUGGGCUUUGUAAUACAUGGGGCACCUACCCCUGCCGGCAACGCCCCGGAACGUGACCAAAAUGAAUUGUAGGCGUGCACCAUGUCAGUCGGCGGAAGCGUGCCAAGAAAUCCGCAUUGCUGCAGUAACUGCCGCUCCUGCUGCUGCUGCAGUUCACCCAGCGGCCCAGCUGCAGCUGCGUUUAAGAUGAAUUCCGUCAAUUUCAGUCGUUUUGUCUAUUGACAUUUGCCUGUUCGGAUUUGGCAUUCUGAUUGGCCGUCGCUUAGGGACAACCUGGGUGCAGAAUGCGGGCGGGCGGCACUGAGUUUCCUGGCUGGAUAGCACUUCAUAGCCAUUUCUGGCUUUGUUUUAAGGACUUCUGUCGUGCCACAAAAGUUUGAAGCACUUGUUUACGAUUUCAAGUGCAUUUGUUGGGCCCGUCAUAAUUUCGAGCCUGCAAUUGCUUCGAUUUGCUCCUACCACUCCCUGCGGCAGCCAAAAGUUUUCCACUCAAGUCACUGACGCAAAUCUCAGCUGUUAAGUUCUUCACUUUGGUUAUGCUAAUGAGGCAACUUUUGUCCUUGUUCGCACAGGUCCAAUGCGCAAAAACGAUUCCAAAAAUUAUCAGCUUGUAUGUAGUUGGAGCAUGGUCUUCUUGUACAUCAAGUCCUUAAGUACACUCAAAUGGCUUGAGCUUCUUUAAAUUUUAUGUAAUUCUAAAUAAAAGUAGCCUAUUUCCCUUUGGAAUAAUUAGUAGAUUGAACCUAUACAAUAGGCUUCUAGCCUAUGAAGGAGACUUAAUUUACUUUACCAUAUAAAAUACUCUUGUAAAUAAUAAACUUUCAUGAAUGAACAACAAAAGAAAAAGGAUCUACUGCCAGCUCUUCUUUAAAGGAAAGUUUCUUCACAAUGGAAAGUUUACUGUAAAAAGUUGUUUACUUUGGUCGAGCAGUUUUUAAUAAGUCUUUACACACGCCAUAUGCGAAACAUUUCCGAAAUAACCAAAACCUACCUAUGUAUGUACCUCAUUACAUAGGCACACCUAUUGGUAAAAGCCUCAGCCAUGUUCAACAAGCAAAUCAUAUUUUCAGCCAUAUCUCGAUAAGAUAUUAUCUUCCAUACAACAUGUUAUAAAAGCCGGAGCACACAGCCCAAGUUCUGUGAAUCAGUUGGCAGACGUUGGAAACGUUUACCCAGCAUGAAAUACGCGACUCUAUUACUGAUCGGGCUGUUGUUGGCCACAGCUCUGCUCAGCGAGGCUCAGAAGCAGGCUGGCAAAACGAAAAACAAGUCCAAGUCGAAGAACAAGGAGAAGACAACAGUACCGCCACAGCUGGAGAGGCAGGCGCUUUUAAAGGCUGAGCCCUGCUCGGCGGCCAAGUGCAAGUUGCCCGAAUGCCGUUGUUCGGAUGCGAUAUUGCCAAGACCUAAAUUCAAGGGCAAGGAGCAUGAGAUACCACAGUUCGUUACAAUCACCUUUGAUGAUGCCGUAAAUGCUGUGAACUAUGCCCAAUAUGAGCUACUCUUCGAUGGUCUGAGCAAUCCCGAUGGCUGUGCGGCAACGGGCACCUUCUUUCUAUCGCACGAGUACACGGAUUACGUGCGAGUGAAUGCAUUGUACAAUGCGGGUCACGAGAUUGCCCUGCACUCGGUGACCCAUGGCGACGGCACUGAUUAUUGGCGCGAUGCGGACGUUGAGACUAUUGAACGUGAGUUCGGAGCCCAGCUGCAGAUGCUGGAGACGUUCGCCAAGGUGAAUGCGAAGCAUGUUCAGGGCAUCCGGCUGCCCUUCCUGCAGAUUUCCGGUAACAACUCCUUUGAGGCAGUCAAGAAUCUGGGCCUGACCUAUGACAGCUCCUGGCCGACGCAACAGCACAAGGAACCGGCUAUGUGGCCCUACACCUUGGACUACCUGUCCAUACAGGACUGUCAGAUCGGUCCAUGUCCGGAUGCUGCGUUGCCCGGCGUUUGGGUUAAUCCCAUGGUUACGUGGACGGACACUGAGGGCUACAGCUGCUCCAUGAUCGAUGCCUGCGCCUAUCCGCCCGCAGACGAUGUGGAUGCAUUGUUCGAGUGGAUGCUGGAGAACUUUAAUCGCCACUACAAGGGCAAUCGGGCGCCAUUCGGCAUGUAUCUGCAUGCAGCUUGGUUUGCACGGGGCCGCAACUACUUUGCUGCCUUCAAGAAAUUCAUGCAUCAUUUAUCAACCUAUCCGGAUGUGUACAUGACGGGCGUAUCGCGCAUGUUGGAGUAUGUGAAAAAACCGGUGCUGGGUCAGCCCUUCAAGAGCUGCGAGAAGAAGCCCAACACCAGUUGCCAGCCGGUGCACUGCAAUGUCCAGAAGGUAUCCACGGGCGAGACGCGCUACAUGAGCGUCUGCGACAAGUGCCCAAUUGUCUAUCCCUGGUUGGAUAAUCCAUUGGGCCAGGAUAUGUAAAUGUUGCACACCCAAUAAACACAGCACGAUAUAAUGAA